AUGGCAGCGGUGUGGACAGACCUUACCGCCCUGGAUCACCGCGUGGACGCCCUGGACGCAGAACGCAUACAGAAUACUCACCGGCAGCGGGCGGUGGACCUGGCCACCACCAGGCAGGGGAACCUACUCCUGGACCUCCGCCGUCAGGUCGAGGACCUUGACAAUAGAGGACGGCGGAAUAACAUCAGUGUCCGGGGGUUGCCGGAGGCAGAGGGGGAGAGGCCACAGGAGAUACUUACCGGCCUGUUCACGCACCAGCUGUGGGAGGCGGCUCCGGAGGACUUUGGCAUCGAGCGGGCACACUGGGCACUACGGGCUCCCAGACGUGAUGGCCUCCCGAGGGACCUGAUCUGCGCCCUUGUGUCGUUCCCACUCAAGGAGGAGCUGAUAAAGGCAGCGCACUCCCGACCCGACCUCUGCUAUAUGGAUGCUCCAGUGUCCCUGUACCAGGAUCUGUCGCAGACCACCUUGGAUGCCCGGCGGGCCCUGAGGCCGCUCACCCGCCUGCUCCAGGAGAGAAGAAUCCCGUACAAGUGGGGCUUCCCCUUUAGUCUUCAGGCCUGGGUGGAUAGCAUGUGGCAUGUGCUCCGCUGGCCUAAUGACUUUCCUCGGUUUCUUUGGAGCGCCGGCCUCCCCCCUUGUUGCCGUUCCGAACUGGAUCCUGGAGGGUCCGCCGGCGAGAGCUGUGGGCCCAUCGGAAACAGCACGUAA